AUGUCUACUGCUCAGUCUUUUCAGUCCGGCCACACCAGUUCUGGCCAAUCUCCUGGUCUCACACUCAACUUAUCUUCUAAUAACCCCUUCCGCAACCGCGCACCAUCUCCAGCCAGUGCCGACCUUCUUUUCCCCAGCAAACCCGCCUCUCCCUUUGACGACCCCCCAGCACGACCUUUAUCUCGAAACCCAUUUCUCGAUCAACCACCGGUUGACUUAUUGUCACAACCUCUUAGGUCACCUGGUGCAAUGUCAUCUCACUCAGACUCUAAGUCUCUAUCAGCCGAGGAGAUUUUUAACUCCAUGACCCUUGAUGAUUCUUCCAACGGGCGAACGAGACAGCAGGCCACUCGCCGACCGAUGAAUGGACCGCCUCCAAGACGCGGCGGCGAAAACCCGCCACCUGAGAAUGGCAAUCACCGCCCUACGCAUUCCCAGGAAGAAGCUCUUCGUGCCCGAAGGAUGCAAGGUUCCGGACCCCGACCGCAACAGAGCUCACCGCAACGACGUGCCCCACCGCGACAUCCCCGACGAAAUUCUGAGUCUUCUUUGGUUGAUUUUGAUGCUCGUCCAAUUACAGAGGAGGAGAAGAGAAUGAUCGAGGCGGCCAGACGACGUGAAUACGAACGACAGCGUCGCGGAGAGGGCAAGGAGCGCGGUGAUAGAGGCGACCGUGACCGUGACCGUGACCGUGACCGCGAUCGCCGUGAGCGGGGCGAUAGGGAGAAGACCAGUCGCCCCAGCAGAAAGAUGGAUAUUAUCGACCAACUUGAUGCCACAAGCAUUUAUGGGACUGGACUGUUCCAUCAUGAUGGACCAUUCGACGCUCUGAACCCUCACCGAAAUCGCCAAAACGCGAGACGUGCGCCAAUGCAAGCCUUCCCUAAAGAUUCGCUCAACAACUCUCUUGGAGGGGCUGGGCCGCUUAAUGCUCGAGCUGAUCAUUCAGUUCUCAUGGGAAACGCCACAGAUGAGGCUUUCAGAGACUUUUCUGCACCUUCUAAAGCCCGUAGCAAGGAGCCCGCCAUUUUCGAUGCAUCAGGUCGAGACCAGAUUGUUCACGGAGAUGAGUCUGUUGGCCUAGGUACCUCAACUUUCUUGGAGGGGACACCCGCUGCGCGAAGUGCCAUUCAGCGUCACCAGGCUGAACAGGCUCAGGAAAACACAGAGGGCGGUCUACAGCGCAAGAAGUCGCUUGCACAACGUAUUCGCCACAUUAAUAAGGGUACUCGUGAUUAUAACCAGUCGGGGCGUCCCAAUGGCGAAUAUUCCAGAAUCACCCCAGAUGCCUAUCCGACAGCAGCCAGUACCAGUUCAGACAACAACCCCUUCUUUGCCGAAUUCGGUAAAGGUGAGGAGGGUUUCAGCGUAAGGCCGCGAGAUGGCUCAAUGACAUCCAACAGUCCUCCUGGAGCGAGACGCCCUUCUGCCGGAGCUGUCCUUGAGCGACGGGCGACAACUGAUGCUGCUACAACUUUAGACGAUGCCCCAGCAAAGCCUACCGGGCUUAUGGGACGAAUGAAGAGCUUAAAGGGACGAAAGCCUCGGCCAGAGAUCCCUAGCAACGGGCCCGGUGUGCCCGGAACGGCCGUUUAG